AUCUCCCUGCAUCGUUAUGUCGUUGCAUCGAGUAAAUCUCUCAAUUGAACGGUCUUAUUCUCCCACGUGGCAGUUAUGGGAAGGCGUGCGAGAGAUGGUACAGAACUGGUACGACGGCCUACUGGAGACGCGCGAAAGCCUUCGCAAAACAAUUUAUGUGCCUAAACUCGAAAUAGAGAAAAGUGAAAACAGUGAAGAAAGAACGGUAGAAUACAAUGCGAGCGUUGAUUUGCCGUCGGGAGGUCUGACGACUCGGAGGGAUCUGGGGAAGGUCUGUUAUAGCGCGGAGAAGAAAUGUUUGACUCUUGUCAACCACAAGACGGAGUUGGCGCGAAAGGUAUUGCUGUUGGGAUACACGAAGAAGCCACAUUGCGAGGACGUGAUUGGAGAGUUUGGCGAGGGAUUGAAAAUUGGGGCAUUGGCACUGUACCGAGAGGGAAGGAGAGUUACCGUUGAGACGAAAACAGAUCGGUGGUGUUUCACAGUUGAUCAUCACAAGAGCUUCAAAGAUAGUCGAGUGUUGACUGUCAUAGUAUCAGAUCGAAAUGAAACUGUUUGCGAUGAGUUAUGCGACUUUCCUACUUGCCCUUUGCUAAAUCUUGGACCAGAAGACACAUGCACAACAAUAUCUCCUAUUACUGAAAAGGAAUGGGAGCAGCAGACUCAGAGGUUUCUCUUUCUUGAGCCACCGCUUGAUUCUGUCAACACAGAUAAAGGGCGUCUUAUGAUGGAUACUCAUCUAGCUGGGCAGCUGUAUGUUCGAGGCGUCUGGGUCACUGACAUGAAAACUGAUGAUUUGGUUGCAGGAGUGGAUUUUUAUAGAAUGAGACUGGACAGGGACAGACGAGCUGUUGUACACAAGAGUGAUAUUGACCAUCAGGUCAGCUCAAUGUGGACAGAAGCUUUAGAAAAGAAACCGGAGUGGGCCAGUCGUUACUACCGUUUGCUACACUCGGGAGGUUCAUGUGAUGUUCGUCAUGCAAGCUUUUACAUGCAAGAGGCCACUACCGCAUCACUGGUGGCAAAAGAAUUUUUCAAACAAAAUGGUCAGAAUGCUUUGCCUCUCAUCAACACUGCAACAAACGACCUUCUGAGGAAGUUUACUCAUGAUCUCAAGAAACAGGUGGUACUUUGUAAUCAAUCCUUGUUGGAGAUUCUUAUUCGAUCAGGAAAAGUCCAGACGGCAGAUUCACUGCUGGACCAACACAAAGUCAGUCAGCAAGUUAAAAUACCGUUGGCGAAACUGAGCGAUGAUGAAAUGGGUGUUCUUCGCCAUGUGCAGGAUCUGGUCAACAUUGUUGACCCCAAUUUUAAUCUUUCUAGUGUAGACAUCAUUGAGACAGAAGAUCAAGAUUUGAGAAUGACAUCGGCUAGUCGAAUUGAAAUUCCACAUUGGAUGCUGGAUAAAGCUAGAGUGGCAGUGUUUUUCCCAAAAGCUGCAACAGAGGACUUUGAGUUGUGGAGGGAAGCUCAGCUUGCUAGUUGGAUUCUUAGCAGGGUGAAGUUAAGUCAAGAUUGGUUGAAUGGACGAGCUGAUUUCAGUGUUCAGGGUGGUAGCAUUGUCUUUGCAGCUCUGGCUACUCAAUCUCAAGGAAAGGCAAAGCCGUUUUGCUAUGAUCGCCACAAGUCUGGUGUACAAGAAACAGACAAGUCUAUGUGGAUCCAGAGAGAGGCAAAGAAGGACAAACAAAUCCAACAACUACUUAUGGAUAUGCACGAGCAGGAAGAGGAACAUCGACAAGCACUGAAUGAGCUAAUGUCUAUAAAACGUUCACUGGAGAAGCAGCUGCGUAGUAAAGAACAUCAACAUGUAGAUGUUCGGCAAGAACUGGAGCACCAUUAUCAAAAACUUUUGGAUAUGAAGCUUGGAGAAGCUGAGGCAACUGUUCAAGAGUCAAGACGUAUGCAGAAAAAGCUGGAAGAAAACAAUGAAAAGUUAGCAAAGAAAAAUACAUGGGGAAAAGAGCAGUAUGACGAAAUGAAGGUCAAACUGGAGAAGGAAUCUACUCAAAGGAGAACUACAGAAGAUCAUCUAAAGGAUUUAAUGUUGCAGCUGAAACAGCAGCUACGUGUUAGGAAUGAACAAAAACGUUGGUUAGAGCAAGAGGCACAUAAAAUAGAGUGCAUGUGUAAGUCUUAGGUAGAUAGAAGAAAGGCUAUUGCUAAUGUGUAAAAUGCAUAAAUUGUAGUACAUGUGUGUCAGCAAGGUAAGGGUGUUAAGCAGAAGGUUGAGAUGUUUGAUGUUGAUGUUUUGUGUACUUGCUUAGCUGCUUGUCUGUUUGUCUGAGUGUUUGUUUUUGGUCAUACACUAUGGCAUAUACAUCAGUUGAGUGCAUCUUUAAUACAGAUACUGUAUUUGAAGAGCUUUCUCUUUGUACAAGUCAAUGUAGACUCAUCUACAUUGAACCUCCUAUAGUGCUGUCUAGUGGUUUACUUUAUGUCCUGCAGGAAGGUGACAUCUAAAACAGUAUUGAUAUUGCGUUCCAAAGUUUGUGACCAUAGCAGUACUAUAUGGAUUGUUAAAUUGAUCUUUAGUCUUUGUUUCAAGUUUUUUAUAUAGAUCACUUGUGUAUUGUAGACAGUCACUGAAUGAGUGUGGGUGUGCCAACAGCUUGCCCCAAUUAGAACCUCUAAUAGCAGUCAGGGCAAGACUGACAAGGAGAGUAGAGACUAGAGAGUCAACACAUCAGCUGCAGUUUGACAGUGUCUUCUGGUGUGUAUGAAGCAUUUAGGUCGAGUUUUCAUCUUGAAUUAUUCUAACAUAGUCAUUCUGUCAUAUUGGAUAGUCCAAAACAAAUGCUACAGGAGUGGCUAUUGAUGCAUUUAUGUUUGUCACAUCUUUGCUAACCUCUUUUUACUAAUGCUUAAAAUAACUAUGGUAGUUGAGUUUAGACAGAAUAUAGAAGCAUUCUGACUAUGCUUAAUAAGUUCUACUUCUCAUUGGAACCUGUCUGUUGAUGAUAAGUAUGAGGUCAUGAGGGACUAAUAAGUGAACUUGUGGUCUGGGAUUAGAGGAAACUAAUUACCAGUGAUUCUUUGAGAUUCCAGUGAAGGUCUAAUAAAUUUAAUCAGUAUGUCUAAUUAGUAAGGAAGUUUACAACAGUUCAGUUGUAUUUUGUGGUUCUUUGCUACACAGCAUUU